AUGCAGUGCUUUGAAAAGAAUUGGAACGUUCCUACGCAAUCCGUACGGCAGCACGACUUCAGACAGGUAAUCUUUGCUGUGGAGAACAGCGCUGCGAUGAGCUCAGCGGCUUCGAAUCUUGCCACGGCAGUCAGCUCAAUGAUCAACCAGUUGGAAAGACGUUAUUAUCCUUCAGUGAGGCAGUACUCUUUGAUUGAGUAUGAUGACAGAAAUGUGAGGAUUAUUUCGAGCACUUUCUGGUGGGAAGACUUCCUCAACCAAUUUACUUCUUCAAUGACGGUGGUGACCAGUAAUAAAAGGGCUAUAAAUCAAAGUUUAUCCCUGGAUGCCUACGAAAUCUCUAUCCUCUCUCCCAUAACUCUUUACCUUUUCACCUCUACACAGUUGUCGGUACAUACCAAUACAGAUUCAAAGCCUCUUUCGAAGGAAAUGCAGGUGAACGUAUUCACCUUGGGAGACGGAACAGCUCUUCCUAGUGGUGAUCUGACAUUUCAUCAGAGAGAAACUGGUGGCCGAAAUAUACCCAUCACUAACAACAGCAUAGUUAAUCUAACUCCAUUGUUGAUCUCAUCGCUUCAAGAGAAUUCGUUGAUCAUGGACGAGGCCGCC